AUGAAGGCCUCUAUCGGAGCCUUAGCGCUCCUGUUGGCCCAGCAGGCCAGCGCUGCCUACAUCCCUAGCGGUAGUGCCAAGGGAAGCACCUUAGUCCGCCGUGACUGGGGUGGUUUGGACGGAAGUCAAUUCGUUGACCCCGGGAACCAACCAUCCUGCCCGGAAUGCGGUGGUGAUGGUGGUGAACCUCAGUGCCCCGAUGGCAACUGCGGUGGUGGUGAACCUCAGUGCCCUAAUGGCAACUGCGGAGGAGGCAUUGGCGGAAACAUUGGAGGAGGCAUCGGAGGUGGCAUUGGAGGCGGUAUCGGAGGCGGUAUCGGAGGCGGUAUUGGAGGAGGCAUCGGAGGAGGCAUCGGAGGAGGCAUCGGAGGAGGAGGCGGUGACUGCUGGGGUGGAGAUGAUGGAUUACCUCCUCCCUGUUACCCUGUUCCAGGCAACACACCUCCAGAUUGUACACCCGAACAGGAAAAUGGCUUUGACUUUAUUGAUCUCAUUGAAGGUGCUAUAAACUUCUUCGGCGGCUGUGACUUCUCUGGCUUCACCUGCGUGGAUGGGAUUGUCAAGGGGGCUCUGGAAGUCGGUGGGAAGGUCAUCACUGCUUUGCUCAGAGCAGGUGGAGACAACAUCCCCACCAUCUCUAAGUCCAAUGGUGGAUUGGCCAUUGUUUCUAUCGAGGCCUAUGCUGAGGUUGACGUCGAUAUUGUUCUCGUUUUUACCAUGCCUGAUGGCUCUAUAUGCCGACAGUUUGCAAGCUGCUCGCCUGCCGGUCAGACCAUCAUGAACGAACAGUGUGGUGGUGCUACUAGCGUUGGAUUCCAUCUCGCAGUCCACAGCAAAGUCAGUGUCUGCGCAGUUGUUAUCAAGAAGAUUAAUUUCGGCUGUGAGCCACCAACCAUCCCAACAUGGCCAUUCCCACCACUUCCAUUCCCAACUACCAGCCUACCGCCACCAGAGACGUCAGGUGGAUACACAACCAUUCCAGGUACCAGCGAGAGCGGUAGUUGGUCUUCAAUGCCAUCUUCAUACAGCAUGCCAACUUCUGGAUACACGACCGUUCCAGGCACCAGCUCACCCCACAGUACCCCCAGCGGCGGUUUCCCAACUAGCAGUGGAGGUAUCCCCGGCCAAACUACUGUUCCAACUUCUCCUGCUCCUACCACCUGGACCUCUCAGUCCAUUUCCACCAUUUACACUACUUCUACCAUGACCAUCACCAGCUGCCCGCCAGAAGUUCCCGACUGCCCAACUGGCUCCACUACAGUUAUUACAUCUACGAUUCCUGACAACCCGGACAGCCAGGUCAGCCAGGUCAGCCAGGACAGCCCGGUCAGCCUGGACAGCCUGGACAGCCAGGUCAGCCAGGACAGCCAGGACAGCCAGGUCAGCCUGGACAGCCAGGACAGCCAGGACAGCCAGGACAGCCAGGUCAGCCUGGACAGCCAGGACAACCAGGUCAGCCUGGACAGCCAGGUCAGCCUGGACAGCCAGGUCAGCCAGGACAGCCAGGACAGCCAGGACAGCCAGGACAGCCAGGACAGCCAGGACAGCCAGGUCAGCCUGGACAGCCAGGUCAACCCGGACAGCCAGGUCAGCCUGGACAGCCAGGUCAACCCGGACAGCCAGGUCAGCCAGGACAGCCUGGACAACCAGGUCAGCCAGGUCAGCCUGGACAGCCAGGACAGCCAGGUCAACCAGGUCAGCCUGGACAGCCAGGUCAGCCUGGACAGCCAGGACAACCAGGUCAGCCUGGACAGCCAGGUCAGCCUGGACAGCCAGGUCAGCCUGGACAGCCAGGACAGCCAGGACAGCCAGGACAGCCAGGACAGCCUGGACAGCCAGGUCAACCCGGACAGCCAGGUCAGCCUGGACAGCCAGGUCAACCCGGACAGCCAGGUCAGCCAGGACAGCCAGGUCAGCCUGGACAGCCAGGACAGCCAGGACAGCCAGGACAGCCAGGUCAGCCUGGACAGCCAGGACAACCAGGUCAGCCUGGACAGCCAGGUCAGCCUGGACAGCCAGGUCAGCCUGGACAGCCAGGACAGCCAGGACAGCCAGGACAGCCAGGUCAGCCUGGACAGCCAGGUCAACCCGGACAGCCAGGUCAGCCUGGACAGCCAGGUCAACCCGGACAGCCAGGUCAGCCAGGACAGCCUGGACAACCAGGUCAGCCAGGUCAGCCUGGACAGCCAGGACAGCCAGGUCAACCAGGUCAGCCAGGUCAGCCUGGACAACCCGGACAGCCAGGUCAGCCAGGACAACCCGGUCAGCCAGGACAGCCUGGACAGCCAGGUCAACCAGGUCAGCCAGGACAGCCAAUGCCUUAUCCACCAGUCGUUCCCAGAUUGCGAUUCCAACAGCCAUAUCACCUGUCUCUGCCCGUCUUCAGAAUUCGCCCAUAAGGUUAUCGAGUGUAUCCGCGCUUGGUCAGAUGAUGAAAAGGAGACCCAGGCCGCACUUUCCUUCUUCCUAGGUAUCUGCGUCACUUACAUUCCUAAGAAUCCUGGCCUCACCGACAACCUCCCACCCGGCAUCCCUAUCGCCCCAACUUCCGCUCCAAAUGGCCCAGCUCCUCCAGCGGUCACCGUUAUAAUCACACCUACUGCGACUGGAAACCACACUGUUCCCCCCACGACGAUCGUCAUUCCCACGGUUAGCUUCACCACUCCUACAUCUGGUGCUUCUCACCAAGCCCCUUACCCUGUUCCUGCCGCUCCCACAUCGGACGGCGGUUCGGCACCAACCCCGGCUCCUGGCGGUGUUCCUGCUCCUACCCCACCAUACGGCAGCACUGGCUUCAUGACCGUCUCUCCUACAGGUGGUGUUCCACACCCAACAUCUACCACCGAGCCCUACAUCGGUGCUGCUUCUAGCGUUGAGGCCUUCCUGUCUCAAUGGGUCAUGAUGGGCAUUACUGCUAUGGUCGGUCUAAUCCAGUUCGCUCUCUAG